GUAGGCACCGAAGACCCAAGAAAAAACCCUACAAGAAAUGUUUAUUUUUGUUGUUAACAAACCUACAAGUAAUGUAGUAUUAUAUAACUACUGAAUCACUUGCUGAUGAUAACAUUGUGAUUCACCAAACAAAUACACAUACAGAGCAUCACUAUAUAUAAUUUAUAUCGAUAUGUCGAUACCUUUCUCGAGUUUUCUUAUAUUCUUUGCCAUCAUCACAAGCUUCCUCGCAACUCUAACGACAUCGGCCUCACGACCACUUCUUCAUCCAGAUGAGUUGAAGGCGCUUAAGGAGAUAGCCACUACACUUGGUAUCAAGGGAUUGGACCUCAAAUCAGAAGAUCCUUGCUCUAGGAGCAGUCUAAAGUUUGAUUUCGAUCAGACUGAUGGUGGGGACACCGCCAUUAAUUGUCAAUGUGACAACAUGAUAUGUCAUAUUACCGACUUAUCUCUCAAGACCAUGGAUCUUCCUGGGAAACUUCCUCCUCAGUUAGUCAAGCUUCGAUAUCUCCGGUCAAUAAACUUGUGCCGUAAUUACCUUUCGGGUUCAAUCCCGAUGGAGUGGGCUUCAAUGCCAUACCUCACAAACAUUUCCCUCUCCGCGAAUAAUUUGUCUGGGCCUUUACCUACUGGUUUACAAUACUUCAAGAGUCUGACAUUCCUAGGGGUUGAAGCCAACCAGUUCUCUGGUCCUAUUCCUGAUGAGCUUGGUAACUUGACCAACCUAAUAGGAUUGGAACUUGCGUCCAAUCAAUUUACAGGAAGACUUCCUAGCAGUCUAGCUAGACUGGUAAACCUUGAGAAAUUUAGGAUAAGUGACAAUAACUUCAGUGGAAUCAUCCCAGAAUAUAUUGGCAACUGGUCUCGGCUUCAAAGGCUAGAUCUACAAGCAAGUGGACUGAAAGGACCUAUUCCUGACGCAGUGGCCCGCCUAGAAAAUCUUACUAACCUGAUUAUUAGUGAUAUGACCGGGAUAAACUCCUUUCCUAAUAUAUCUAGCAAAGUCAUCAAAAACCUGAUAUUGAGGAAUGUGAGUAUGUCUGGUCCAAUUCCUUCUUACAUCUGGAGUAAGACGGACUUACGAACUCUUGAUUUAUCAUUUAACAAGUUGACUGGUGAUGUAAAUGGAGUAAGGGCACCAUACUAUACCUAUUUGACUGGAAAUAGGCUCUCUGGAGACAUUGUAUUUGAUGGUUUUCUCAAUAGCAAAUCUAAUAUUGAUCUCUCGUACAACAAUUUCUCAUGGUCGUCUGGCUGCCAGGAAAAGAUUAACAUUAAUACAUACCGGAGUUCAUAUUUGAAGAACAACUUAACUGGGCUUCUUCCAUGUGCUGGUCCUAUCAACUGCACAAGCUAUCGGCGGUUUCUACAUAUAAAUUGUGGUGGAGACAGCAUAGUUACUACAAACUCUUCAUAUAAAAUCACAUAUGAAGCUGAUAAUAACAUUACCAAAGCCGCAACAAAUCAGCACAUCAAAAAUUGGGGAAUCAGUAAUACUGGUGACUUUAUGGAUGAUGAUAUUAAUGAUGACGCAUACACCAUUUCAACUACUAGUAUGACACCACUUGGAGAUUCUCAUGGUCUUUAUAAGACCGCACGUCGAUCUGCUCUCUCUCUUGCUUAUUAUGCAUUUUGCUUGGAAAAUGGAGACUACAAUGUGAGCCUCCAUUUUAUGGAGAUUCAGUUUUCAGAACCACACGGUCGUCUGGGCAGACGCAUAUUUGAUGUCUAUGUUCAGGGUAAACUGUUCUUGAGUGAUUUUAACAUCAAAGAGGAGGCUAAAGGGAAUCUGAAGCCUGUUAUCAAAGAACUGAAAGCUGUUGAUGUGACCGAUCAUAUGUUAGAGAUCCGGUUGUAUUGGGCUGGGAAAGGGACAACAAUGAUACCCAAAAGAGGAAACUAUGGUCCUCUUAUCUCUGCAAUCUCCUUGUGUCACAGCCAGGAGCCACGAUGUGGAGCGGAGAAAAUCAAACAUCACAUUAGAUAUCCCCUGAUUGUGGGGGGAACGGGUGCCUUGGUAACAAUUAUUCUCUUGGCUUUGGGAAUAUAUGGUCGGAGAAGAUGCAGAGCAGACAACAACACAAGAGAACGUGAUCUGAGAGCACAGGGUUUGCAAACUCUUUGCUUUACAUGGAGGCAACUUCAAGCUGCAACAAACGAUUUUGAUCAAGCCAACAAACUUGGAGAAGGAGGUUUCGGAUCCGUAUUCAAAGGAGAGCUGUCAGAUGGAACAAUCAUAGCAGUGAAGCAGCUUUCUUCCAAGUCAUGCCAAGGAAAUCGAGAAUUUGUGAAUGAAAUAGGAAUGAUCUCAGGUUUGAAUCAUCCAAACCUUGUCAAGCUUUAUGGAUGCUGUGUCGAGAAGGAACAAUUGCUGCUCGUGUAUGAGUACAUGGAAAACAACUCACUUGCUCUUGCUUUAUCCGGAAAGAGCACAACAAAGUUAGAAUGGGCAAUGAGACAAAAAAUCUGUGUAGGAAUCGCAAGAGGGCUUGCAUUCCUCCACGAAGGAUCUAUAGUCAGGAUGGUUCAUCGUGACAUUAAAACAACAAAUGUGCUUCUAGAUGCUGACCUAAACGCAAAGAUAUCUGACUUUGGAUUGGCUAGGCUCCACGAAGAAGAACACACUCACAUUAGCACCAAGAUUGCAGGAACCAUCGGAUACAUGGCUCCAGAGUAUGCAUUAUGGGGUCAACUAACAGAGAAAGCAGACGUGUAUAGCUUCGGGGUUGUGGCCAUCGAAAUUGUUAGUGGCAAGAGUAAUACUAAACACAAGGGAAGUGCUGAUCACGUCUCUCUUAUCAAUUGGGCAUUGAUGCUGCAACAGACAGGGGACAUAAUGGAUAUUGUAGAUCCAGUGCUUGAAGGUGAUUUCAACAGCAAAGAAGCAGUGAGGAUGAUCAAAGUUGCUCUCGUUUGCACACAUUCAUCUCCUUCUUUAAGGCCUACAAUGUCUGAGGCUGUACAAAUGCUCGAAGGAGAGAUUGAAGUAACACAAGUUAUGUCAGAUCCUGGUUUAUAUGGACAUAACUGGAGCAUCUCGAAGCUGAGGGACGCUGAUACACAUGCUAGCUCGAGCACAUCUGGUGUGACCGAUCAAACAGCAUCGACAAUGAAGUCCUCUGUUUCCGGUAGUGAUCUCUACCCAUUGUACCCCGAAUCUGUGAUUCUGAACUCCACAGUGGAGUUGCCUUCCUCGUCGAUGUGAUAUCAAAAGAUGUGCACGAGUCCUUAAGAGGAAGCAAUGGUCUGUGAAGUAAUCUUAUAGCUACCUAGUCAUAUCAUUAAAGUUGUCUGAAAUCUUAUUACUAGGUUAAUUUACAUAUAUCUAAAAACACAUCUCUAGUGCUUUUUGAAUCAAACUCUCUUUCCUAUAACUUUCCUAAAAUCAUUUACAUAUUCUAA